AUGACACAAGAGUCAUUUCAGUUUGAACUUGUCGAGGAAGUGGAUGAAGAUUUGAAGGAGCUCAAGAUCCUCCUUAGUUGCUGCCAAUGCCCUGGGAACCGCCGUCGGCUAGAGCUUGCAAUCUGCGAGUUCGAGGUGACACUGCGGGCGAAGAGGACCUGGGCCUGGUUCCCACUCAAGAGCUACGAGUGGUCGGGCUUUGAGUACGAGUCACCCGUCAUCACGCUGGACUUCCAUGUUCCAGGAGCUGGCACGCUGCCCAACGAAGACAUUCACUGCGACUUUAGAACCGACAGCUUUGAUCUGAAGAUUUGGAACGUGGAGUGGCCCGAGGACCCCGGGGUGAAGUACCACCACCGCGUUCGGAAGACACGCCUGAUGCGGGACAUCGAGCCCCAGCGGUGCAGUGUCGAAGCUGUAGGUCACCACGUCUACGUGAAGCUGCAGAAGGUCUAUGACCCGCGUCACGGAUACUGCGCCUGGCCUGACUUGGCCGCCGGCUCGAAGAGGAAGCCUUUCAAAUACCGAGAAGAUGCGCCUGACGGCGGACUGAUGGACUUCCUGGAAGGCGAGUACGAGAAGUACGAGGGCUACGAUGGCUUCCGCUAUGAUAUUGGCAAAGCCAUGGAGCAGGUUCACCGAUGUGAGCCUGUGAGUGGCUUCUUAGACUGA